ACGAUAUAGGUCGAUCGUAUGCAAAGUCGAUAUUAAGAAACAUGGUUUAUUGUUACUUAACCUCACUUUAGUAAUAGUAUGCUAAUGAUACAGAUAGCAUAAGUAUUUGUAUUUCGUAGUGUGAAUUAAUUUCGUAAUGGGCCAGAAAAGGAAAAAUCGCAACGAAAAGGAUGAUUUUGAAUAUGAUCCCGCUCCUAAACAUCUUCAAGUUGCACAUAUUAAAAAUCAAGAAAAGCGUCUUAUUAUUAUUUUGGAAAAUGCACAAUUAGAAUCAGUGAAGAUUGGUAACAGUUUCGAAUUACUGAAUUGCGAUGAUCAUUCGAACAUCUUGAAAAAAAAUAAUCGAGAACCUGGUUCAUGCAGACCGGAUAUAACGCAUCAGUGCUUAUUAAUGCUGAUGGAUAGUCCUUUAAAUAGAGCUGGUCUUUUACAAGUUUAUAUACAUACAGAGAAAAAUGUAUUAAUCGAAGUCAAUCCACAAACAAGGAUACCAAGGACAUUCAAACGAUUUGCUGGUCUUAUGGUACAAUUAUUACAUAAAUUCAGCGUAAGAGCAUCAGAUGGGCCAAUGAAAUUAUUAAAAGUCAUAAAAAAUCCAUGCACAGAUCAUCUCCCGGUUGGCUGUAAAAAACUAUUAAUGUCUUUCAGUUCAAAUACAAUAAAAAAUCCAAGAGAAUUAGUGCCAAGUGAAGAACCAAUCGCUAUUGUGGUAGGAGCAAUGGCACAUGGACAAGUAAAAACAGAUUAUACGGAAGGUACUAUAUCCAUCAGUAACUACCCACUUUCAGGUGCUGUAACUUGCAGUAAAUUGUGUACUGCUUUUGAAGAAGUUUGGGGUAUAGUUUAAGAAAUAAUUUUGUAUAAAUAAUCUAAAUAUGUGAUAUAUAAUAGAAUUACCAAUAUAGUAUUAGUAAAUA